AUCCGUACAUCUUCCAAAUUGCCAAAUCGCAACAGCGACAAGGCGAGGCCCAGAAGAAGAGAAGAACUGCCCAGUCAGGUCUUAUCCCACUUCCACUCGUCCCCUCACCGGGCAUGUGAUUUUCCUUCCCCUAGCCCGCGACCCGCGACCCGCGCUGGAGAAGUAGCUUAGGUAGCUAGCAGCAGUCAUGCCUAUACAGGUCUAUUCGUUCUACAUCUUCGAUCGCCACACCGAGUGCGUAUACUCGAAGCUCUGGGUUCCUCGGCCACCACCACAAAGCAUAGCGAGUCCGCCUUCAUCCCGUCCCCAAUCACAACCGCCGCCGCCAUCCAUCUCCUCCGCGACGACCGCAGUACCACCAUCCAUAACGGCUCCAUCGACGGCAACAGCAGCAACCUCCACCUCGCCCGGAUCCGCCACUACCGCCACUAACAACAACGCCGCCGCCGCCGCUGCAGCCGCCGCAGUCUCGCGGAAGAAGAAGGAGGAUGACGCGAAGCUGAUCUUCGGCACGGUGUUCAGCCUGCGCAACAUGGUGCGCAAGCUGGGCGGCGACGACGACGCCUUCAUCUCCUACCGCACCGCCCACUACAAGCUGCACUACUACGAGACGCCCACCAACCUGCGCUUCGCCAUGCUCACCGAGCCCGGCGCCCUCAGCAUGCGCAACGUCCUGCACCAGAUCUACAUCAACCUCUGGGUUGAGUACGUCGUCAAGAACCCCCUUGCGCCGGCCGAGCAUAAAGGCGGCGAAGGCGUGCGAAACGAGAUGUUUGAGAUGGGUUUGGACAAGUUCAUCAGAGGGCUGAUGUGACGACAUCGCUACAAUAAAAUUUAGACGGCGGGGUUAUAAUACCGACCCCAAGUUUUCGAGAGAACAAACUGCUACAAAUUCAAUUUUAACCCUCGGGGUCAUCCAUUUAUAGACCCACUAAGGAUCGAAUAAUUGAUCUAUUCCGGGAAGAUGGGUUAUAAAAGAUGGGAGAGGGGGGAAAAGAUAUAUAGACGGCAGCGGGACGACACAGAUAUAUCACCAUCCUCGAGGCAUGUACCCCAAAGAUUUACAUCCGGUAUAGAUGCCCAAACUAGGGCUUUGGAGCUUA